AGCUCUACUUUUUACGACGCAGCCGUGUUUUGUUGUUGGUUUUCUCGCGGAUAUUUGUUUAAUAAAGUUAAUAUAAAUUCUAUUGACGCGUUAUCCAACUGUUGCUCGAGUUUGAAAUUGGAGCAACAAGUGGUUUAAACUUGGUUUCCUUUAACGUUUAUUGUGCCUUACAAGCAGCAAUCCCACGCACACACAAACACUAUUAGAGUUCUACCUGACUACCAAUAACAAUAAUAACAAGUACGAGAGAGCUACAUGUUGUUGAGUCUUUUUGAAAUUACGCCGAAAGCAGACAAAAAAUGCUAAACGAGUAAUUAAUGCAUAAUUCAAUUAAGAAAAUUUGCCUUACUUAAAUACAAAUACAACAACGUGUCGUGAGUGCACAGUGACUGUGAGACGAAGUGCGAACAGUGCGAGAGAAAAGGGGGAGAGAGCUAAAGAUCAAAAUCCCCAACGCGAGGAUCCGUAUCGCGUUUACAUACCAAUAUCAAUAUUUGUGUUUCAUUUAAUAAAUGUUAAUGCUAAUAAUAGAUUACAAGUGCACUUAACUAAAUACACCAAUAUUAACAUUUCGCCUAAAACAACGACAGAACGCUUAAUUGAAGAUAAGCAACGUGACGGUGACAGUGAGGCGUGUUUUGUCGGUUGUGGUUGUUGUUAUUGUACGUUUUGCGUUGACCGUUGAUUAAUAAUUUAGCAAACGAUAAUAGAAGAAGUGGAUAAAGAUAAAACAGUUGAACAACUGCAGCUCUCAUCAUGGAGUCCAUGGAAUAUGAAAUGGCACGCAAUAUGACAUUGCUAUUCUUUCUGGAACGUCUCCUGGAUAAAGGCGAGCCACGCACUGUCCACGAUUUGUCCUGCCAGUUUGGCAAUAAGGAAUUCACCAAGGAAAUGCGCCAAAUCGCCGGUGGCAGUCAGUCAGGUCUGAAGAAGUUUCUCGCCCAAUAUCCAUCGAUAUUUCUGGUCGACGGUGAUUAUGUCCAGGUGAACGCCUAUCAGCACACCAAUGCGGAUGAUGGCAGCUACGGGGGCAAACGAGACUAUAUACAAGAGGCUAAAGACUACUUUAAGAACAAGAUGCUGCAAUAUGGAGCUGCUGCCGAGGUGCCAGUAAGAAGCUUACUUGGCCAUCGCUCACAGGCAUCGCCCCAAGUGCGGCAUAUUUCGGGCCAGCACAUCAAGGAAUUCACUGACUUUUUGAUGAAGCACACCGACACUUUUAAGGUUGUCGAUGAUUAUGUUAUGCUGGUGGGCUGUGAGAACAUGACGGACUUACCUGCGCGUGAUCGCUUGCAUUUGCCUCAGUCGAAUAUCGACACUCGAGGCACUCAACAGAUGCUGGACUUCUUUGCCCAAUGCAUUGAGAUAAAGGGCCCAUUGUUGGUCGAUCAACUCUUCCAUUUGCUUACCAGCAAUUUUCCGCAAGAUCAAUGGCUGCGUAUGUUCAAGACGCCCGGGGAUCUUAGCUCGUUCCUGAAACUAUUUUCCGACUGUUUUCACAUACAAGCCAAUCUAGUCACUUUGCUGCAGAAGCCCAAGCUCAGUGACACCCACAUACAGCAGGCCCAAGCCCAGACUCGUGAGCAGUUCAAUGUCAUAAACAAUAAUAGCCAUCAGGCAAACUCCCGCCAAAGGUCCGAGAUUAGUUCGGUUCAACAGCGAUUGCAGAGUCCGGCUCUUCGCAGUAAUGGUCAUGUUAGUAGUAGCAAUAACAAUGUUGGCCAACAGCAAUAUAGCAAUACAGGCAACAGCAACAACAAUAACAACAACAACAACAACAACAAUAAUAAUAAUAAUAAUAACAACAGUGUAGACAGCAGCAACAUAGCGUCGCCCAACUUUAAGCUGAAUGCACCAGUGUCAAAUGUAUUAGUGAGCGGUCAAACUGGGCAACAGCAGCAGAGCUUUGGUCAAACAAAAUCAGAGCCGAAUUCUGGUUUUGACAGCUAUGUGCCCCUGUCGGAGCUAAAGCUGGAGAAUCUGUGUGAGAAUAACUAUCCCCCCAGUUCGAAUAUUUGUUAUGGUCCUAUUGGAGGGCCUAAUCCCAUAUCGAACAACGGAACGCAGCAGCAGCAUCAACAGAGUCAUCAGCAGCAACUGCAGUCGUCUACGCUGAGCCCAACGGAGCGUCUGAAUGCCAAUCAGACUCUAAAGCAACGCAUCAAUACUCUGGUCAUACGCACACUAGCCGAGAAUCUGGAAAAGGACAAACUAAGUUUGGCCAAUCAGCAAUCGGCUAACUCAGCUGCUUCCCCCGGUUCCCCUCAGUCAAGUCCCUUGCACAACAUCCUAGCGAAUUCGAACCCCAGUAAUGCCAAUCAGACUAAUGCCAAUCAGUCACCUAGUCACAGUUACUUUGUGGGCGACACGUGGAAGAUCAAAGUACUGCAAAACACUACAGUUAUAGCUAAUGUUAAGCAAUCAGUAUUCGUCACCGAUAUUUUGCUCAAAUAUGCAGCCAAAAACGAGAGCAUUGUGAUUUCGCUAGACUGCGAAGGAAUCAAUCUUGGCCUUAAGGGCGAAAUCACUCUUAUCGAAAUUGGCACUGGCCGUGGUGAGGCCUUUCUCUUCGAUGUGCAAUCAUGUCCGGCUAUGGUUAGUGAUGGCGGUCUUAAGACACUUUUAGAACACGAACAAGUCAUAAAGGUCAUUCAUGAUUGCCGCAACGACGCUGCCAACUUGUAUCUUCAGUUUGGUAUCCUAUUACGUAACGUCUUUGACACGCAGGCGGCACAUGCCAUUCUACAAUAUCAGGAGAACGGCAAACAGGUCUAUAAGGCCAAAUACAUAUCUCUGAACUCGCUGUGCGAGCAAUACAAUGCGCCAUGCAAUCCUAUCAAGGAUCAGCUGAAGCAAAUCUAUCGUCGGGAUCAGAAGUUUUGGGCCAAGCGUCCGUUAACCCGCGAAAUGAUGCUUUAUGCGGCUGGAGAUGUUUUAGUUUUAAUCCAUGAUCAGCUAUUUGGCAAUUUGGCGAGACAGAUCAAACCGGAGAACAGGCAACUCUUAUCGGAAUUGUGCACGGAGCAAAUUUUAAUGCAAAUCAAACCCAAUGAGGUCAAAAUACGCAAGAAACAGCGCAAGGUCAGCACAGAGGUCUCCGAUCUCAAGCAGAAACUAGGGCAAUCCAGUAAAAGUAUUGUCCUCUCGAAUCGGGAGAUUCGGCUGUUGCGCUACAUGGACUUGACCGAGGAGGAAAAGGAGCGACUAAAAGGCUAUUAUAAAGUGGCAAAGAAACUUGAGAAGAUGGAGUCGGCCGGCAAUCCCAACAAGGAUCAAAGUGACUCCGAGGAUGAACAAGAGCAGAACGAAAAUGAUGCUUUUCCCAGCUUGGACUCAGUACCAUCUGAUAACUCGCUAUCGGGAACUUUUUCGCCCCGAUUUAGCUCAGAGCCGCCUAGUCUGACUGAGUCUAUGCAAAUGUUGGAGGAAAUUCUACAAAAUAAGUCUAUGGACCGCAUUGCACGCAUUGAUAAGCUGGAGGCAAUUCUAACCACAGCCACAUCGCUGCCGUGUGACCAAAUUGUGGCAUCUAAUUCAAUGCAAGAGCAACUGGGAUCGAGCAUUGCAACCACGGAGAAUUUGCAAAUCGUACGCGAGAAAACAAGAAACAAUAAGAACUGCAAUUGCCAUGGGGAGCGCAGUGUGACGCCCAUUCUGCGUCAUUUGGACAAGCGUGUGGUUAAGCUGGUAGAUACGGAAACUCAGACAUUAAGCACUGGCGAUGUUGUCAUUACGAAAAUCUUUUUCCAAGACGAGCACGAGCGAGCCAAAGAAACUGUACUGACCAACUCCGGAUCCAAUCCCAAUUCUCCGAAGAAAACUGUUUCCUCUACAUAAAUCCCAAUUCUCUUACACCCACAUUUUCUACUUCCUAUUUCAACUAUAUACCUUUUUUCAACUAUGAUUCCUAACGAGCAAAGCGCAGACAUAUUAUGUAUUAUCUUUAAUAACUAGUUACGUUUACCUUGAGACCUCCAAUCGAGUAAAUGGAGCGAAAAAAGACCCGAGUUAUCAACUCUAUUCUAUAUUCUAAACCUAUAACUAUGCAAUCAUUUUUAUACCCAAUUGAAAAGCAAUAUAUUUUGUGCCUAAAUGUUGAACAUUGCAAUAAAAACCAACAACACUACUAACUAUUAUUAUAUAACUUAUGAAUUGUUAACUAAUUUCUCUUUGAUUUAAAAUGAACGUAUGAAACUGAAUAUCAAUGAAUCGCACUUCUCAUAUUGAUUGAGAACUUUUGUGUUUGAAUUCCCUCGGAAAAAAUCUAUGCUGAAAAUAUGUAUACAAUCGUUAAAGUUUCGUAUAUAUUUAUAUAUAUAUUGAUAUCACGUCAUGCUUAACAUUAUCGUCUAUGUACCUAUAUGUCAAGCAAUUGUCGAGAUCAUCAUAGACCAAUCCUUUUUUUUAUGCAAUUCUGUGGAAGUUUAUUAAGCUUAAAUGCAACUUAUAUCUUUGUCGCCAUAUCAAGAAAGUAAACUACAUCUAUAUUUUAAUCAUAAACACAAACGAGAGACAACAAUAAUACACAUAAUAUAACAUUCUAUUUCGACUAAAUUUUAAUUUAACCAAACAAGUCGAACAAUAAUUCACAAAUUAUGUAAUCAAUGAUAAGAAAAUAAAAAUUAAAUUAUAACGAAAUCGAUUUGAAAUUGUACGAUUAAAAAACCAUUAUACAUAUGUUUACAUCUACAAAUUGUAUCUUCUAAUUAAAUAAAAAUUGUAUAUAAACACAUAUGUUAGCGAAA